CCACACUCCCCUCCUCAGCGUCUCCCAUCGCGAAAUCAACCCACCACCGCACCCUGCGUCUCUUCAGCCUUGCGCUACUCUACGCAAAGCCGGCCAACGUCGUCGUUUGGAACCCGUCCGUUCAUUCACAGCCCCCACGACCCAGACACACAACCUCGCCCACCAUGGAUAUCCGCCUCCUCAAGCCCGCCGACCUCCCCCUCAUACAGCACGCCAACCUCGAGAACCUGCCCGAGAACUACUUCCUAAAGUACUACCUCUACCACGCCCUCUCGUGGCCCCAGCUCAGCUAUGUCGCCGUCGACGUCUCCCGCCCCAAGCGCACCCCCUACGACUACCCCAAGAUCGUCGGCUACGUCCUCGCCAAGAUGGAGGAGGAGCCCACCGACGGCGUCGCCCACGGCCACAUCACCAGUCUCAGCGUCAUGCGCACCCACCGCCGCCUAGGUAUCGCCGAGAAGCUGAUGCGCCAAAGUCAACUCGCCAUGGUCGAGACCUUCGGCGCCCAAUACGUCUCCCUCCACGUCCGCGUCUCCAACCAGGCCGCCAUCCACCUCUACCGCGACACCCUCGGCUUCAAGAACGAAAAGACGGAGAGCAAAUAUUACGCCGACGGCGAGGACGCCUACUGCAUGAAGCUCGACCUGAGCUACAUCCGCGAGCAGAUCCAGGACGAGCGCGACCGCGAGGAGGAGGAGGCCGCCGCGGGCGAAGCCGCAGACGAGGGCGAGGCCGUGGGCGACGUCGGGCGCGAUCCGAACGCGCCCGCCGCCGAUAAGAAGCGCAAGGUCAAGGUCGGUCGCGGGUUGGGUGUCGGGGAGCUCGUUGAGAAGAACGAGAGCAAGAACUGAGCGGUCCUUCUUUCCGGGGAAGAGUAUGUCGAAUUGCUUGAAAACGUCUGGCUGCCCACCUAUGCGACGGCUUGAUGCAGAGCGGGAGGGGCAAUGCCUCCUGCUUCCCGCCUGGUUUUGGAAUAGCAGAGAGUCUGUCCAAGAUGUGGGUGGGAUUCAAAACAAAAAGUCAAUGAAACUUGACAGACGGAAAUGUAGAGCUCAAUGUUGGGACGAGAAUGACUGUCUGUACGAGCUUGACCUAUGCAGCGGAGUUCAAAAGCUUUAUACGAUCAUGUUCAUGACUGGGUUAUGGCGCAUUAUAGCAAGGUACCCAAAACAAGACAAUAGACGAGGCAAUUGGUGGCGGUAGCAAAAAGAAAAGUUUCCUGGUUAUCUCUACAGGCUAUACACUUGUCUGGUUCCCUGUCCAUAAGGUAUGUAAAUAAGUAUGAGAGUAUGUGUGGACCAUCUACCACACCCCAGACUUCUGAUCCUCCGCCGCCAACUCCCGCGCAAACUCCGCGUCCGCCUCGACCUUGAGCUUCUCGAUAUUCCUCGACAACUCGUCAAUCUCCUCCUCUAGGCGCUGCGUAUUGUCAUCGCCGCCUCUUCCGCCGCAUCCACCGCCACGGCCUCGGCCCCAGCCUCGACCGCCGCCGCAGCGUCCUCUUCCAGGAUUGCUAUCCAGCAUCUCGGUUCUCACUUUGUCUAGCUCCUCCACCCUCCUGGCGAUGUCCUUCUCCAUGUCCUCCACCGCCUUGAAGAGCGCCUGGGACGAGGGCGGCGUCGGCGUGGAUGGGGCGGAAACCGCACCACCGCCGCCGCCGAUGCUAGGGCUUCUGUUCCCUGCUGCUGGCGCUGGCGGUACUGCUGUGAAUGGCCAUGCCCCGGGCAACCCUCCCCAGGGACCGGGACCAGGAGGACCAGGAGGACCAUUGCCUGGGAAACCACCCGGCAUGGAACCUCUACCCGGCCCUGGAGGUCCCCACGGCAUGCCCCAAACAUUCGGCACAGGAGAGGCGUUAUUGGGGAAGUUGGGGAUCGGAGGAGUGCCGUGUACCACGGGUGGCGGGGGAACAUGAACACCAAUGGGCGGGACAAACACUGUCGGCCCGCCCCACGGCGCCGGUCCGGGACCGUGAUGUUGCUGAUGCUGUUGAUGCUGCUGCUGUUGUUGAUGCUGUUGGUGUUGCUGCUGCUGUUGGCUAUGUCGACGCUGCUGCUCUUGAUGUUGUCUUUGCUGUUCUUGGUGUCGUCGUUGCUGCUCCUGGUGUUGUCUCUGCUGCUCCUGGUGUUGUCUCUGUUGCGCCUGGUGCUGCUGCUGUUGCUGCUGCUGUUGCUGCUGGUGUCGUUGGUGCUCUAGCUGAUGCCGACGUUGGUGAUCAUGGUGAUUAGGAUCUCCUCCCAGCCCACCACGACCGCCACCCCUCCGCGCUUCCCUAUGCGCUUCUCUCUGCUCUCGCCUUGCCCCCCUACUCUCCCUCCUGCUUUCCCUCCUCUCUUCCCUCCGCUCCCUCUUCUCCUCUUUCCUCCUCGCGCGGCGUUCCUUCCGCUUUUCCUUGCGCGUUGCCCGCUGCUGGCGCUUAAGUUUGCGCCAGUCCUGCGUGAUGCUUCUAAUUUCCGCUCUGAGGGCCUUCUCCUCUGCCUUUUUCGACGCAGCGGUGGCUGCUGUUGCUGUACCUUCUGGUCCUUUCUCUGGCUGCUGCGAGGAUUGCGUCGCCGCUGUGGACCCGGCGGAACGUAUGUCCUCGCGGAGCUGCGCAAUAUCGUCUUUCGUGACGGGCUGUUCUGGGUGUGAUAGCCAAGUGGUGAUACGCUGUUUGUAGAUGGGGAGCUGUGAAGGGUAGAGGUCUUCGUAGUCUGGCAGUGAGCCGACGGAGGAUGCAGAGGAUGCCGAAGAUGAAGAAGAGGCGGAGGAGGAUGAGAUGGAGCGCUGGUCUGAGGGGUACCGGCCGGGAGGUCGACCGCGGCCUGCUACUCCGCCUCUCCCGCCAUCUCCGCUCUCAUGGCGAGCGUGUUGUUGUUCCGGGCCGCUGCCUUGGUAGAAGGGAUGCUGCGGGUUCGAAUGUGGAAUGAUCGGUGGCUGAGGGUGAGGCGGCCCCGUCGGGAAAAAGGUUCCUGGAACUUGGCCGGGGCCGCCAAACAUGGGCGCCGGUGGCGGACCCGGAGGUGCAGGCGGCGGAGGAGGAGCCCACCCGGGGCCGGCAUAAUGCGCUUGCGCGCGCGGCGUGGUAGUGCUUCCAAACCUGAUGCCGUUCUCGUCCGCAAUCAGGUUCCCUACUCGAAUACCGUUGCUGCCUGCGACAAUGCGGUCGCCAAUGUUAAUACCGUCCGUGGAGACAGUGAUACCGCCAAAGCUCCAGCUAUUCCGUGAUUCAUUGGAGCCAGACUGAGGUUGCUGCUGGGUUUGCAUCGCGGGCCCUUGACUAGGAUGCGCUGGGAACGGUACGGGCGUGGGACCGCCGCUACCACUCCCAUCACCGAGACCAAGAUCACGGUUGCCGCUUCCGAUAGCAGGAUUCUCAGCGUUUCUGUCAAAGGACCGGUCCCACGCGCCCGGCAUGUGCAGAUCGUCCUCCGCUACCUCAGGUACCAGCGUGAUGAGCAUGCCCCUGGGUCGGAAGAACCCCUCGUUCCACUGCGCGACCACAACUUCUGCUUCCUCUCUCCUUGUACCCGAAGCAGCGGCCGCUGCCCCGGGGUCCGUCUCCCUGUCUGCGCGAAUCUGAUCUAGUUGCGCCGAAGCAUGAGCGCUACCGCCGCUGUUGCUCUGCCCCGUACCUCUUCCAUUCGACGUGGCAGCGGCGGCGGCAGCAAGGGCCUCCUCCUCGGCCUGCAGCUUACGGUCGAUGACGGCCGCGUUCCGUGCCGCAGCGUGGUGCGGGAUCAGGCAAUUGAGAAAUGUCGCCCAGUCCUGCUGCGUGACGUCGCGGGGGGCCCAGGCCGGGGAGUAGGGUACGUCGUCCGGUGUCGAGGUCGGGGUGACGGUCAGUGCGUGGACGAGCAGUUGGUCCCUGGGUGACGGGGCGAGUGCCGCGGGCGCCGGCCUGGAUUCGAAAUAGGCUGCCGUGAACUCCGAGUACGCUGCCGUCGAUGCCGAUACUGAAUCCGAAAGAGAUUGAGACUGGUGAAACCCCCCUCCAGUUGCUGCGAGAGAGCGGCUGGAGAGGUCGAGGCUUGCAUUUGAGCUAUGAUGGUGAAAACCGCCGCCGCCGCUGCUGCCUGGGCCGCCGGUGCGGGGUGUCAAUGGCGGGGUGUAGAUGACUUCGCUGUGUGAUGAGGCGUGCGAAGAGCCGCGCGAGGCAGCGUCGUCGGCGCCAUGAUGGGACGAAAUGUGUGGUGAGUUUGAGGGCGGAUUUGACGGCCGGCCAGAGUUUGAGUAGAUGUCUGUCUCGGAGUACGGCGGAGGAGGCACGUCGUCGAGUUCGGGGUCUCGUAUGGCCGCCAUUCGCGAUGGGGACCUGAGCUCGGUGUGGGAUGAUAUGUUGUGAAGCUUGAAGCAGAGCUGUCGAGACUGGAAGAUAUUUGAUUCGCGACGAUGUUCAGAUUAUCAAAUUGUUCACCAAGGUAAUCUGGUGGGUCGAAUACAAGAGAGUAAAGUAGGUAGUUUGCGACGAGAGGUGAGAUGGAAAAGAGGCCAAGAUGAGUAAACCCAAGACUUUGGAAAACGGCACUACGGCACACGACGGAUGAAGAAAGUGUGGGAAUACAAGGCAC